UCUGUUAUGAAAUGUUAAUCAGAUCUUACGUAGUAUUUGUAUUCUCUUUGAUCAGAUGUUGAAUCUGGAAUGAUUUAUUUACUAAGCGUCUUUUAUGUUGGAGAUCCUAUUCAAUUCUAUAAUACAAAUUUUGUAAUUGUUAACUAAUGAAUUCUGUGGUGUUAUGAGGAUUGUUAUAAACGGUAGCAGUCAUAAUAUAAAAGAAGAAGAGAACUGUUGAUUGGUAAACACAAUGAAUGAGCAAGGUGCAAAGAAAAUACUUUUUAAUAAAUCUACGUUGCUGAGUUUGAAAGCGGAAUUAUUGAAAAAACAAGAGGAAGUGAAUGUGAAGAAACAGUUACCACAAAAUAAAUUAGAACAUUUUAAACCACCUCCUUCAAAGGGCAAAGAUGAAGAAAAACUGAAUAGGGAGCAUAAAAAAACCUUCAAAGAUAGCUUAAAAGCAGUAGACACUGAGGAGCUUGAAGCUUGCAGAAAAUCAAAGUUGGCAUUACAAAAGAAGUCAGAAUUGUAUGAACAUUUGGCAGAUAAGGCAGGUAACUCACAACUUGCUGGAAGGUUCCUUGUUGAUUUUAACUCGAAGAAGCAACAAGAGGAGAUUGCUAAAACUGCUUCAGAUGACACAAAAAAAGAAGACAUUGAAAUUUCUGAAAACAAUGUUGGGGAAGAUGAAUGGGUUGAGUUCACAGACUGCCUGGGACGAACCAGGAAAUGUCACAGAUCAGACUUGGAAAUGUAUAUGAAGAGAGACAAGGAACUCAUGAGGGUAAUGAACAAGGACAGCAAAUCUGAUAACAAGUCAGAAGAGGACCAAGCUUUGGAAGAUUCUAGAAAAGAACCUGAAAAACCUUUCCUUGUGCAAAAAACUAAUGAUUAUCUACAAUCAUUGCGUAAAAAAUGGGAGGAAAAAGAACAGGAACUUCUUGCAAAGGAUAAGGAUAUACAUUACCAAGAUUUACUCUUUGAUGAGGCGAGGAUACAUGGCGUCGGUUAUUAUGCAUUCAGUACAGACGAGACUGAACGUCAAGCACAGAUGGAAGAGUUGAAGAAACAACGUGAAGAGACGUUGCGUAAACAGAAAGAGGCGGAAGAGAUUCGCAAGGAGCGCGAUGCGUUGAUGGCCGCGCGCGUGGCCGCCGCGCGACAACGGCAGCGCGCACGCCAAGGACUGCCGCCGCUGCCCGAUACCGAACAACAACCACAAAAGGAUUUCACUACAUGCUUGUUAGAAUUUCUAACGCAACAGAGAAAUGAAGCCGAUGCCAAAGCUAAUGAAGCUGAGAUCAAGCGGAAGGAAGAGCAAGAAAAGGAAAGACAGAAAUUACGCGAGGCUUACGUUCGCGAAUGGGAUAUAGGGAAAGAAGGAGUUGGGGGUGAUAUAAAGAAAUUCCGAGAGAUGACCCAAGAAGAAUAUGUAGAACAACAGAGAGCUAAGAGAAUAGAUGAAUUCGCUCCACCACAAACCGCGACGUCAAGUAAAAAUAAAGAUACAAACACUUUCUUUGAUGAUAGGGGGUCACAAAUAAGAUCGGAAACUCCUAUUCAAAAUAAGACGUGGUCGGAUGUGAGACCGGUGGUUGCCUCUCUCUCUUCUGAUACGUGUGAUAUAGCUGAUGUUCCUGAAAAUAAAGGUCUAUACUUUACGACAGCGAAAAAAGAUGUUAAAUAUAAAAAUUUUGUUAAAGUAACUGAACCAACACCGAUUGUGAAUGAAGUAAGUGAUGAAGAAGGAGAAAAUAAUGAGAGAACUGAUAAACGAAAACUAGACAAUAGUGGCGCUGAAAUAGAGCCUCCUGCAACAUACGAGUAUUACGGACCGACGCCUAGGAAAACAAAACCACAGAAUCCAUAUAAAAUAGACGUAAGAGAAGCUUACGCACAGGGAGCUAAAAGCUUAGAAUCCAAAUCUAGUAACAUAAAGCUACCAGAACAUUAUGACUUUACGUUUGAUUAAUAAACAAUAAACGAUAUA